CCGGUGCGGAGCGGGCCGCGGCGAGACGGUGCGCGACUCCAGUGCGCGGCGGCGGCGUGUGCAGUGGUGACGGCGUGGUGCUGCGGCGACGCGUGGACCAGUUUCGGCCCGAUCUCGGCGGCGAUGGCGGCGCGGCGUGGCCUGGCGGUGCUAGCGGCCGGCGUUCUGCUGGGAUGCGCGCAGCUGGGAGGCGGCCAGCUGCUGGACGCUCAGGACUUUGAGCCCACGGUGACGGCCAGCUGCGACGCCAGCAUGAUGACCAUCCUCGUGCGCACUGAGAAGCCCUUCUUCGGCGUCAUCCACGGCAAAGACAUUCGCUCGGAUGCGUGCACCCAGUACGGCGAGGGUGGCUCCGAGACGAGGAUGAAGAUCAACCUGCUGGCCAGCGAAGGCGACGCAGACUUCUGCGGCGUCAAGGGCAGCAAUAGGACCGACGACCGCUCAAUACCGAUCGCCGUGCGGUUCCACAAGAAGCUGGAGGUGGCGGAGGACAAGCUGUACGUCAUCACGUGCGGCAACCCCGGCUUCAAGAACUCCAGAAACGAGAAGUCGCUGGUGACUCUCCGCCUGAUGGAUCGCGGCCGGCGAGCCAAGGAGGUGGUGUAUGGCCGGCCCUACAACCUCCAGGUCAAGGUCUCCAAGCCUGACGAAUCGCACCAGGUCGGCGUGAGGAACUGCUUCACCUUCAGCACGGAGGACAGCCGGGUGGAUCUGAUCGACGACCAGGG